GAUUAUAUUGUGUUUUUAUUGGGGGUUUUAAUCAUCUCAUAGCCUGGACAGAUGACUCCUCCCUCUUUCCUGAUCUGAUCUCCCGGCUGAACCUCUCCUCUUCAUCCUCAUCCUCACAGCCCGCUCGUCUGGCUGUCCAGGCGGCGUGCACCUCUUUAGAUCUCGUAGACAGAGGAGCGAGCCAUGGGGAAUUAUUUAUUGGUCUAAAAUUUGUCGUACACGUGAGGGGCAGACGGUGGUUUGAGGAAGGAUGGAUGGAUGCGGACGGUGGUGGUCUCAUUGGGGUCUCUUCUGAUGUAGCGGACUUACAUGCAUGACCAGGCCAGUAAGGCCCGACACGUCACCAUGGCAAAAGUCAACAGCGAAAUCUCCUCCCUGACCAGACGUCCCUUGUCCAGUCACACAUCUGAUGAGGAGCUGGCCGUCAUUGAAAAUGGAGACAGCAGUAACAAUUCCGAGAGGGCCCUAUCUUCAAAAUCCAACAGAACACUUUUUACUGGUACAGGCGCAAUGGCCAGGCUCUCUUACUUCUUCUACAUGCUGCGCAACUGGGCCUUCAACAGGAUGAACCCUGAAGUACCGCAAAGGCACGACUCCUUCCUGGAGCGCUUCCGAGGCCCUGAGCUCAAAGAAGUGUCUGGCUGCAAGAGCGACGGCCAGUCCCUAGACCGCAACGGCACAAUGCACUGGAAGAAUCUUGGCAAUAAGUGGCCGCUAGCUACUUACAACAUGAAUAACUGCAACAACACAGAUGACAAAAAGGAAGACAAGAAAGAGGAGAUUAAAAAAGACCAGGAUGACAAAAAGGAUGAGAAGAAGGAUGACAAAAAGGAUGAGAAGAAGGAUGAGAAAAAAGAUGAGAAGAAGGAUGAGAAAAAAGAUGAUAAGAAAGACGACAAGAAGAAAGAGGAGCCCCCGAAGGAGAUCUGGAUUAUGGACCCGGCUGCAGACAUGUACUACAAGUGGUUGACAGUCAUCGCUGGCCCAGUCUUCUACAACCUGAUAAUGAUUGUCACCAGGGCCUGUUUCAACGAACUCCAGGACCGGUUCACAAAACUUUGGAUCUUCUUAGACUACACCGCAGACUUCAUCUACUUCACAGACACAUUUGUCCGGUCAAGAACAGGCUACCUGGAACAAGGUCUGCUGGUGAAGGACGCUGCGAAGCUGCGAGCCAAAUACAGGAUGACGUCGCAGUUCAAGUACGACAUGAUUUCCAUGAUCCCCACCGAUCUGCUCUUCUUCAAAUUCGGAUUCAACAACCCAGAGUUCCGAUUCAACCGCCUCUGCAAGAUUUCCAGGCUUUUUGAGUUCUUUGAGAGGACUGAAACGAGAACCAGCUUCCCCAACAUGUUUCGUAUUAGCAAUCUCGUGCUCUAUAUCCUGGUCAUCAUCCAUUGGAACGCCUGCAUGUUCUUUGCCAUCUCCAAGACAAUUGGUUUCGGCACAGACACUUGGGUAUACCCCAACAUCAGUCACCCGGAACAUGGCCGCCUGGCCAGGAAGUAUAUCUACUCCCUCUACUGGUCCACCCUGACCCUCACCACCAUCGGCGAGACGCCCGCGCCGGUGAGAGACGUGGAAUACCUCUUUGUCAUCGCUGAUUUCCUCACCGGUGUGCUGAUUUUCGCCAGUAUCGUCGGAAACGUCGGAGCCAUGAUCUCCAACAUGAACGCCUCCCGCGCUGAGUUCCAGGCCAAGAUCGACUCCAUCAAGCAGUACAUGCAGUUCCGUAAGGUUACCAAAGAGCUGGAGGCCCGGGUGAUCAAGUGGUUCGACUACCUGUGGACGGAGAAAAAGACUUGCGAUGAGAAGGAAGUUCUGAAGAACCUGCCGGACAAGCUCAAGGCUGAAAUCGCUAUCAACGUCCAUCUUGACACACUGAAGAAGGUGCGCAUCUUCCAGGACUGCGAGGCGGGACUCCUUAUCGAGUUGGUGCUCAAGCUGGAGCCUCAAGUCUUCAGUCCGGGGGACUACAUCUGCAAGAAAGGUGAUAUUGGCCGGGAGAUGUACAUCAUCAAGGAGGGCAAGCUGGCAGUGGUGGCCGACGACGGCGUCACGCAGUUUGUGGUCCUCAGCGAUGGUGCAUACUUUGGGGAAAUCAGCAUCCUGGGCAUCAAGGGCAGCAAGGCCGGGAACAGGAGAACGGCCAACAUCCGAAGCGUGGGUUACUCUGACCUGUUCGCCCUCUCCAAGGACAACUUGAUGGAGGCGCUUACCGAGUACCCAGAUGCCAAGAAAGCCCUGGAAGAGAAGGGCAAGGCCAUCUUGAUGAAGGACAACCUGAUUGACGAGGCUGUGGCUAAUGCCGGGGCAGACCCCAAGGACCUGGAGGAGAAGCUGAGCAGGCUGCAGGAGAACCUGGAAGCCAUGCAGACCAAGUUUGCUAAGCUCUUGGCUGAAUUCACCUCCAGCCAGACACGCAUGAAGCAACGGGUCACCCAAAUGGAGGCCCAGGUUAAGGCGGUCAAACCUGAGGACCUCUCAGAAGUGGUGGCCGAUAAGGAUAAGAAGGUUCAGUGAGAAAGAACUUUUA